AUGGGACGGUGUGAGGCUAACAAUUUGGGUGAAAACGUGUCAGAACCUCGGUCGCAAUGGAAGGCACCUGGUUCGCUCUUAUUAAUGCUGCACUCGCAUUCUUACGAGACGCUCAUUACUCCAGCAACUUAUGCUCUGGUAAUGUGGAUUCUUGUGUACUCAUUGCAAGCAGUGCUGGUUGUUAUAGACGUUUUUGCACCUCGCUACUCGAUGUUUGCCGACGCCAGCCAACCAGCACAAGUUCGCUCAUUGUUUGGCGCAACAUGCAUCCUAAAUACCAUUUGGGUGUUUUUGUUCGUGUCGGACGACAUGACCGGAGCAACUAUAGCGAUCUACUCAUUGUGGGUAGCACUUCUCUUUCUCUAUAUUUGUGCAAUAAGUGAUCGAAAUGCGCACGGGACAGGACAUUUUGACUGGAUGAUGUAUCUGUGCAAUGAAGUUCCCAUCUCGAUGUAUUUUGCUUGGGUGACUACUGUGGCUUUUACUCAACUGGCAAUGUCCAACCAGCACUCAGGUCAUGAUUAUUUGGGGCUAAAGACGUACAUUUCGUAUCUCUGCGCUAUCAUUACUCUAGGACUAGCGACUGCGCGAUACGCACAAGACUUUCUUGUUGGUCUUGUAAUUAUAUGGUACCUAAUUGCAGUUUCAAUUCGGCGUGUGCUAUUCGUACCUUCAGCCCAGUGCAUGGAUAUUGCCGUUCGCGCGUGUGCUGGAGAAGGGGCCGUCAUUAUCGCUGCUGUGCUAAUUAUUAACAUUUGUCAGUCUUUUUUGAAAGAAAGACAUCCUCCAGCCUCAGGCAUGGGUUCGGGGAUGGCUGUCGUCGCGGGUGCCACCUACGGCUCCACCACUGCAUAA